AACUCCAUUUAGUGCUUACCUGGGUCAAAGGUCACCCACGUGGCUUUUGCACCUACCGCAGUACAAUGCAAAUGCAUCUUUUGAUCAAUAUCUUCCUGAUCUGGUCCUGCAGUAAGCUAGAGAAGUAUUACACAAUAUGUCUGAUGUACUAAAAAAGCUAAGAAAUCGGUCAAGGCAUGGGCGGAGAGUCACAAGAUCAAGGCUGUUCGCAAGCAAUCUCAAGAGAAAACUAAAAUCACAACCUAAGCAGUUUCGGGCAUUUCUGCUUGGUAAACAGAAGCACUCAGAUGGGAAGAGAUAUGAAAGUGACAAACGAGUGUCUGAUUUUCGUCACUGGUGUAAGAAAGUCGGCCUAGAGUUGCAUCCCAAUCUCUACAUUGGUGAGCGUGAUUCGUGUCACAAAAUAGGUGUGAUAGCAACAGAGAGCAUUAUGACAGGAGAGUGUUUGGCCGUUAUUCCUCGAGAGGCGAUUCUAUCCUGUGCCAAUAGUACUGUGGCUAGUGUUGUGGAGAGAGAUGAGGAACUAAAGGAGGUAACCAGCAGCUGGGUUCCUCUGCUCAUUGCUUUGGCAGCAGAGUGCUCUUUGAAAAGCAAGAGUCACUGGCAUGCCUACCUGAAUUUAGUGCCUAACAACGAGGACUGUGGUCCACCCAUGCUCUGGUCAAAGGCUGAUCGUGCCAGACUACUAGAAGGAACAUGUAUGAGCCAACUCGUAGAAAGUGACUUGAAGAGGAUUGAAGAUGACUUUAGAAAUGUGGUUCUCCCUUUAAUGAAGAAAAACCCUCAGAUAUUCAGGGCUGAAGUACAAAAUGAUGAGGAGUACAAGAAGCUGGUAUCCCUGGUGAUGUCUUACAGUUUCACAGAUGCUGAGGAUGACAGAGUGACCAGCAGCACUAUGAUGGUGCCCUUUGUUGAUCUGCUCAACCACAGCUCACAACAUCACGCUGAGCUCACUUUCACUAGGAAGGCACUCAAGCUGAUGGUGGUCAGGGACAUCAAGCAGGGAGAAGAAGUAAUGAACACCUAUGGAGAACUAUCCAACACCAGUCUACUCCAUACCUACGGGUUCUGUGAAGUGAACAAUCCACACGAUAUAGUUUUAAUCCCUACAGAGUGCAUACAUCAUGUGUACAUGGCCUGUGUAUCACAAGAGGACUCUGGAGCUGUCGCUCAUCAACAAAAGCAUUGGGAACAAAUUAAAUCUGACGGCCUUCUAGAAGAAAACUACUGUGUUGACAGAGAUGGAGAGCCUGAUCUUGAUUUGCUACUGCUUAUUAAGUUGCUCUACUCCAGAAAUAAUAAGUAUAAGAGUCUUGUGAAGAAACACACUUGUGGCAAACUGGUUGACUUUUCUACACAGGACUUAAUUGAAGAAGAGCUUGCGUUUUUAACACGGCUUACUAAAUACCGACUGUCAUUAUAUCCGGAAGCCUAUGACUCUUUGCUUCCAUUGCUGUCUGAACACAGUGUGGAAAUGACUGAGAAAGAAAGAUAUGGACUGUAUUUGAGCAUUGGACAGCAAAAAUGCCUUAGAACUCUGUUAGUGGAAACCGGAAGUGGGCAGGGCUCAUGAGCAUUUACUUUGUUUACCUCUAGAUCCUAGAUUCUGUGCUCAGUACAGUCUGUUAAAUAAUUAAUUUGAGCUAUUGAACA